AUGUUGGGGUAUUCGAUGUCCUUCCUGGCUGUGAAGCCUCCUCGUAUGCCGGCAGUAAUGUGCACGAGCGUUGACUCCAUGAUCCCAAGCGCCGGUUGA